AUGCCUCACUUUGUCCCUGUCUACGACCCCGAGAGACCCAAGCAUGAGCAAGAAGGAGAUGCUUCUCUCUAUAAACAUCGUAGGCGUCCUGGUUCAAUGGUAUUGAAUGAAAAGGGUUUGUGGGUCCCGGCGCCGAGGGAGGGGCCCCCGGGGGCCCCCAAGCAGCAGCAGGGAGACCACCGCAGCAGCAGCAGCAGCAGCAGCAGCAGCAGCAGCAGGAGGGAUCGCGGGCCCCCCCACAGACACCAUAGACGCAGCCGCAGCCGCAGCCGCAGCAGCAGCAGCAACAGAAGGAGCAGCAGCAGGGAGAGGGGGGCCCCCAGAGACAAGAGAGGAAGGAGGAGUGCAUCCCCAGAAAGAAGGAGGCCCCCCGCCUCAGACCCCUUUGACUACGUCACACCAAAGCAGCGGAAGCUGCAGCAGCAGCAGCAGCAGCAGCAGCAGCAGCAGCAGCAGCAAUUCAGGGGACGGGGCCUACCCCCCCCACACCCCAACUCAAGGUACAGGCGCUAG